UUGCAUGUAUACAUAGUUAUCACUCAACCAUAGUUAAGUGCUUGCUAUUCACGUCUAAUAUAUAUGUGACUAGGUCAAUUUGUUCGGUUUGGUGUAAACACCAGGUACGGUAGGUAUUUACCACUUUAAAAAAAAUCAAAUGAACAGGUAAACUUUUUAUUGAAACAAGAGUAUAUUUUCCAGAAUGGGAAUUCAUGGAGACAUACGCCAACUAAAUUAAUAAUUAUUACUUGGUCACGUGUAUCAUCUCCACAGCAAACUCUCCCUUAUAAGAUAGUAGUAUAUAUAAUAGCUAGUCAGUCUCAUUUUUCUCAUUCCUAGCCCCCCACCCCCAACCCGAUACACACACACACACCAUUUUUAACUUUCAAGAACAUAAAACACAAGAAAGAUACUGCAUUGCUUCCAGAAGUUUUUCCUAAUAUCAACCAUGGUUUCUGAGAGAAAUUUGUCCAAGAAUGUGUGUGUAGUGGGCGCUGGACCGUCAGGGUUGGUGGCUGCUAGGGAGCUGAGGAAGGAAGGGCACAAUGUGGUGGUUUUUGAACAGAACCAUGAUGUGGGAGGACAAUGGCUAUAUGAACCUAAAGUUGAACAUGAAGAUCCUUUAGGAAGGACUAAUGUCCAAAAUGUACAUAGCAGUAUUUAUGCAUCAUUAAGGCUCACUUCACCAAGAGAGAUCAUGGGGUUUACUGAUUUUCCUUUUGUGGUGAAGAAAGGGAGGGAUCCAAGGAGAUUUCCUGGCCAUAGGGAGCUUCUCUUGUAUUUACAAGAUUUUUGUGAAUAUUUUGGAUUGAGGGAGAUGAUAAGGUUCAAUACUAAGGUUGAGUAUGUGGGGAUGCUGAAUUAUCCUGAAUUUGGCAAGGACUUGAGAUGGAUUGUGAAGAGCAAAGAGAAGGAAGCUGAGAAAGGGGUGGAGGAAGUUUUUGAUGCUGUGGUUGUUGCAACUGGUCAUUACUCUCAACCAAGGUUGCCUAACAUUAAAGGAAUGGAUGCAUGGAGGAGAAAACAGAUGCAUAGCCACAUUUACAGGGUUCCAGAACCCUUUCAGAAUGAGGAUAUAGGAAUGGAACUUGUAGAUGUGGCAAAGGAGAUACAUCUCAGUGCCAAAUCUCUUGAUGUUUCUGAAGGAUUAUCAAAAGUUAUAUCCAAGCACCACACUUUACAUCUUCGUCCUCAGAUAGAUUCAUUACAUGAAGAUGGGAAGGUAUCGUUCGUAGAUGGCACUUCAACUGUUGCAGACACGAUCAUAUACUGUACAGGGUACUCCUACUCCUUUCCAUUUCUUGAUACCAAAGGAAUGGUAGUAGUUGAUGAUGAUAGAGUGGGCCCACUUUAUGAGCAUACCUUCCCCCCUUCUCUUGCUCCCUCUCUCUCCUUCAUUGGUGUACCCAGAAAGCUCAUAGGCUUUCCUUUCUUUGAGUCACAAGCAAAAUGGAUUGCCCAGCUGCUGUCUGGGAAAAGAACACUCCCCUCAUGGGAUGAGAUGAUGCAAUCCAUCAAGGAAUUUUAUUGUUCACGAGAAGUUGCUGGCAUUCCAAAGCACAAUACCCAUGAUCUUGCUAAUUUUGAGUACUGUGACAAGUAUGCAGACUACAUAGGAUUCCCACAUUUAGAAGAAUGGAGGAAAGAACUCUGCCUAUCAGCACUCAGAAAUGCAGAUAAAAACUUGGAUACAUAUCGAGAUUCAUACAAUGACAGUGAAAUGCUACAAGCAGCUUAUCAAAGCCCACAUUUCACUCACCUUGGUCCCAAGGCUUUUUGAAUCUGAAAGCAUAAAUAAAGAUAGAGUGCAACCAAUUUUAAUUCAUUUAUUUUCUGAAGUAGAUUUGUUCCGCUAUUUAGUACUUACUAGCUUCUAGCAGAAGUUCUAUAUAUUUACUUUCGACUUCAUCCCUACCUAUGAAAAUUGAGAAAGGUAGAUUGAAUGCUCGAUUUUGUAAGAAAGAUGAUUAUAUUCAUGACAGAAUUUUUGUUUUCUUUUCA